AUGAAAUUACAGCAAGGUUACCCGUUAGAUUCACUCCUCAAUUUCACAGAAUUGACUGCUGAGUACGGCUAUGAGUCCGAAGAGCACACAGUGGUCACAGAUGAUGGGUAUAUUCUGACAAUCUUCAGGAUAGUGAGGGGAAAGAGGUGCCAGGGGCCGAUGAGGACUCCACCGGUGCUGCUAAUGCACGGUUUGCUUCUGAGCUCUGACUGCUGGCUGGACUCUGGUCCGGACUCGGGGCUGGCGUAUUUAAUAGCUGACGCCUGCUACGACCUCUGGGCGGGCAACGUGAGGGGUAACUACUACGGGAAAAGACACGUUAAACUCAAUCCCGAAACCGACGUGGACUUCUGGCAGUUCACCGUCAACGAAAUAGGCCACUUCGACGUCCCGGCGAUGAUCGAUUACAUUCUGAACUACACGUCGUCAGAACAGCUCAACUAUAUCGGAUACUCGCAGGGCGCCAGUACGUAUUUCAUAAUGUGCUCAGAGAGAGAGGGCUAUAGCGAAAAAGUGCAAUUGUUAAUCGGAGUAGAGCCAGACUCAAGAAACACAUUCACAAAGUCGCUGAUUUGUAGAGUGAUAGCGGCCCUGUAUGAGGAUUUUCAACCUGCUCUGACAGAAGUCGGCCUAUACGAAGCCUUUCCUUGGGGCGGCAUCGUGCAGCAGAUUGCGGCAUUUUUCUGCCGGGAUUAUAUCUUGGCUGAUACUGUUUGUAGGGGCCUCAUGAGCAUUAUCGACUCGCCCCACCCCGGGUCCAUUGAAACCGAAACUAUACGCGUGCUAUUCGGCCAUUUCCCAGCGGGCACUUCUGUCAAGAACAUAGCCUGGUACAGCCAGUCGCUGAACGUUGACAAAUUCCAGAAUUACGACUACGGGAAUACCGUUAAUAUGGAGCUCUACAACUCCACGAGACCCCCAGCAUACAACCUCAGCGCGACUACGACGCCUACAGUGGUAAUAAAUGGAUUAAACGACUACCUCACUGUCCCCGCAGAUGAGGACUGGCUCACGAGCCACCUGCCAAAUGUGCUGGAGCAUCACAUCGUGCAAGACCCCCUCUGGAACCAUCUGGACGUUCCGUACAGUAAACUAACGAGUCAAGAUAUUUUACCAAAGAUGAUUGAAUAUUUAGAACAUUACAGCGAAGCAAUUUCAGAUAACCAUCUGAAAUUGCUUCGCUGUAAUGUA